GUGACCGAGGCUCCGAUCUCUGACCUCUUCACUGACCUUCAGGAUGGACAGAAGUUGCUGGUUCUACUGGAGAUGCUGUGUGGGGAGAAAGUCAAGCCGGAGCGCGGCAAGAUGCGCGUUCACUACCUGAACAACGUGAACAAGGCGCUGCAGAUCCUGGAGAAGAACAACGUGAAGCUGGUGAACAUCAGCAACAAUGACAUCGUCGACGGCAGCCCCAAGCUCACCCUCGGCCUCGUCUGGAGCAUCAUCCUACACUGGCAGG